UCAAUUCAGCUGACAUUCGUGUUUGCAAUGCAAGCGUUCUUUUGCAGAGUGCGAUUUUCUAGAUUUCAUUUUGAUUGUUAAAAUUACGAUCUUCGUAGAAACUUCUAGUGGAAUACAAAAUGCCAAAGUAUUACUGCGAUUAUUGUGACACAUAUUUAACCCACGAUUCACCUAGCGUGCGGAAAACACAUUGUACCGGCCGAAAGCAUAAGGACAACGUGAAAUUUUACUACCAAAAAUGGAUGGAGGAGCAAGCGCAACAUCUAAUAGAUGCAACAACUGCUGCAUUUAAAGCUGGAAAGAUAGCACAGAAUCCGUUUGGCGGUAAAGGUGCUGCUAUUCCGCCGCCAUGGGAUCCUUCAGUAAUGGGCCCAGGAGGACCGCGACCGCCCGUGCCUACUCCAGGAGGUCCGCCGGGCAUGUUGCCGCCGCCUGCCAUGGGUCCCGGAGGACCAAUGGCGCCACACAUGAUGAUGGGACCGCACGGUCCAAUGCCGCCUAUGAUGGGAAUGCGGCCGCCGAUGAUGAUGGGCAUGGGCCCUAUGGGACCCAUGGGUCCUAUGGGCCAGAUGCGACCACCUUUAAUGAAUGGCCCGCCAAUGAACAAAUAGCAGAAGUUUAAAGUGAGUGAAAGACGAUAAUUUAAUACAAACAGCCACAAACCUUUACCUGGAUUUACUGUAGUUCCAUUUUAACUCAAUUUGUCUCUAAGAAUGGCAUACAAUGUUUCAACCUUUAAGUUUUAUUAAAUGUGGUUGUUACCAUCAUAAAUGUAGUGUUUUGUUAGCAUUUAUGCAUCAUUUAGUAAAUCAGGCCCCAUAGCCGAAUGGCAUUUCUAUGACUUAAUUGAAAACGAAACACCGCAAAAGGUAGUCUGGCUCUGUCGCGCUAAUAUGCAAGAGUGAUAGAGGUAGAUAUCUAUUUGUACAAUCGGCUACACACGCUGACAAUAACUUAAUUUUAUUGACAGCCAAGAAUUUAUUUAAUUUUGUAUAAAUGGUUUCAUUUGUACUUUUCACCAAUUAUUAGUAGACUUUACUAGAAUUAAGGACAGGUUGACAAUCUUUAAGAAAAUGAUGUAAUUAUAAUUUGUAAAGUCCCAUGCAACUUCCAAACCAUGGGUUGCUGAUUAUACAAGAUCUAGGUUAUCAUUGAAUUAUAUUUGUAAAUUAAGUAAA